UGAGCUCAGGUGAUCGGCCCGGCUCAGCCUCCCAAAGUGCUGGGAUUACAGGCGUGAGCCACCGCCCCUGGCCCGGACUCUUGCCCUGCUUCCAAAUGCUAGCUAACUGUGAGCCUUUCGCCUGUCCCCUUUAUUUGCCAUCCUCAUUGGUGACUCACUUGUCUUCUCUGCGUCAACUUUCCUUUUCAUUUUCACUUGUUUAUCCUCACCUGCUCUGCUUUUAUCUGCUAGCUUACAUGCCUGACUCGCACCUGAUGCUUCAGCCAGUACGCCCUCACCCGACCCCGACAGGUCAAAGUUUCUUGGUCCCCAGAUUCCCCUGUGCUUUCCAGAGGGUGGGGCCUCGCUGGAAGACGGGAAAGCGGAACUUCAGUCCAACCAGGAAGCACCUGGGAGUUUCUGAUUCGGAAGGGGCGGUGCCUUAUGGAGAAGCUGCCAAUAAAGAGCCGAGAUGAAAGAGGGAUGGCUUAGCCAAUGAGACUAGGAGACGGGAUCGGGGGGUGAUCUGGAAAGCGCGAUCAGUGAAGCGGACGAACAGCAGGACAAGGCGGGUCUAGUGACAGGAAUGGGCCGAUGAAGCUCUGUAGGGGCGGUGGGUAGGCCGAUCGGGCCGUGUCCCCGGCAUCCAGAUCCGACGGAAUUUGGAAAUCCCGGGGCUACUCUUACGUUGAGCUUUUAGGAGCGAAGGAGAAAAGCCACCACCCUGACGAUCCCGGCUCUCGACCCACCUUCACUCAGGCGGCCUGGAAGCGGAAGUGACGAACACGGAAGUGGUCUGCUGUUACCGAGGGGACGGGCCGGGCAAAUGCCAACAUGGCAGCGGUUGGGGCUGGUGGUUCCACCGCGGCGGCCGGGCCAGGGGCGCUUUCCGCGGGUGCAUUAGAGCCGGGGACUGCGAGUGCGGGUAACGUGAAGCACCUGGUUCUCUUCCUUCAUGAGGCUGUCCUGGUGCAGUAUGUGGACACACUCAAGCUCGCAGUGCCCUCUCUCAUCUACACCUUGCAGAAUAACCUCCAGUAUGUUGCCAUCUCUAACCUACCAGCUGCCACUUUCCAGGUGACGUACCAGCUGAAGAUCCUGACCACAGCGCUGUUCUCCGUGCUCAUGCUGAACCGCAGCCUUUCCCGGCUGCAGUGGGCCUCCCUGCUGCUCCUCUUCACUGGCGUCGCCAUUGUCCAGGCACAGCAAGCCAGUGGGGGAGGCCCACGGCCACUGGAUCAGAACCCUGGGGCAGGCCUGGCAGCCGUCGUGGCCUCCUGUCUCUCCUCCGGCUUUGCAGGUGUCUACUUUGAGAAGAUCCUCAAAGGCAGCUCAGGCUCCGUGUGGCUGCGCAACCUGCAGCUGGGCCUCUUUGGCACAGCACUGGGCCUAGUGGGGCUCUGGUGGGCUGAGGGUACCGCCGUGGCCACCCGUGGUUUCUUUUUUGGGUACACGCCUGCUGUCUGGGGCGUGGUGCUCAACCAGGCCUUUGGUGGGCUACUGGUGGCUGUGGUUGUCAAGUACGCUGACAACAUCCUCAAGGGCUUUGCCACCUCCCUGUCCAUUGUGCUGUCCACUGUUGCCUCCAUUCGCCUCUUUGGCUUCCACGUGGACCCAUUAUUUGCCCUUGGCGCUGGGCUCGUCAUUGGUGCCGUCUACCUCUACAGCCUUCCCCGAGGUGCAGCCAAAGCCAUAGCCUCUGCCUCUGCUUCCGCCUCCGGGCCCUGCGUUCACCAGCAGCCUCCCGGGCAGCCACCGCCACCGCAGCUGUCUUCCCACCAUGGAGAUCUCAUCACGGAGUCCUUUCUGCCGAAGUCAGUGCUGGUGAAGUGAGGGCUGGCAGCAAUGGGGAACACAAGGGAGGGGGACUGGGGUGGAGGGUGUUGGGCAUCUGCAGGACCCAAGUUGCCGCCCUCCGGGGCCUGGCUCCUCUGGGUUUGGGAGAUGGUCUUUUCUCCCAGGUCACUGAGACUUCUGGAGGGGUGUGGGACUAGAGCUGGGUGUCACGUGAACCCUUCCUGGUAGGCUGACCCCCUUCCCCUGGUGGGGGUUUUAGAGCUGCCUCCUCUGCCCCCUCUAACCUCUUUGGAGGCAGGGUCGGGGUUAUUAUUCAAGGCCUUUUUUUUUGUCUGCUCCCUCCCUGACCCUAUGCCCUCUUCUGGAGGUGUCUUGUCUGGGAGAGUCCCUCCCAGCAGUCCCUCCACCUCCAUAAGGACACACUGGACAGAACUCCGCAGCUCUUCAGGAAUGACCGAUGCCUACCUGUUGGGGUUCAGUUGCCCGUAGUUUGAGGCCUUCUCUCCUCCCUUACCACUGCUCUGGAUCAUGUUAGCAGUUCCGUCUUUUGUGUGGCCUUGGGCCAGCUUCCCUGACACCUUGAAGAUGGACUUCUUGUGAGUCCCCAGGGAGAAAGGGACAAGAGCUAAGAUUUUUGCAUCAGCCCUUCUGGCAGAAGGUGCGGUCGGGGCCAUUUGAUUUUUAGUGGACUUGGGAUUUGUGGUGUAAUCAUAUCAUUAAUGAUCCAGGGUGUGGGAAAAAUGGAGGUCCUUGAAGUGGCUGAAUCUCAUUGUAUUUAAGACACUGUCAGUUGCCAGUUGCAGGGUUAUUUUUGGAGACGUCUAGAGAGGAAAAAUAAAGCUGCCAAUCAUACUGUUGAUAUCUGUCUGGCUGUGUGAGGCACCCCUACCUCAUGGGGGUGUCGUGGGAUUGAUGAACUGUGGAACCUGCCUCCUGCACUCCCCAAAGCUUAUUAACCCCUUAACUGUAUUGGGGCGGGGUGUGUGUGUGCAUGGAAGAUGCCUGGGCUGUCUUUGCUAUAUGUAAAUAGAGCCACUGGAUCUUUAUUUUUGAUUAAUUUGUUCUGAUUUUUUGGUUUGUUUUUUUAAGGAACUGUAAUGAACAAAUGUCAGGAUAUCCAAUGCCAAAUAAAGAUGUUGUAUUUAUUUA